UUUCACAACGAAAGUACAAGCAACAAGAUGUAUCUUUUGAUGGGAACUGUCGUGUUUUGCCUUGAUAUUGUGAUCACAUUGGCAGGCCGAACAUGUGAGCCCAUCAAGAUUCCAAUUUGCCAGAAACACUUGCCGUACAACAUGACAAUGUUUCCUAAUGCGCUUGAACAUCUCACGCAACAAUACAGCAGGCAAAGGAUUGAGCUAUACAGUGACAUCGUCGCUAUCAACUGUUCGGCUGAUGCAGGAUUUUUCCUCUGUGCCUAUCACCUACCCAUCUGUGCACCAGAGUUUAAAUCCAGGCCAAUUCGUCCGUGCAGAUCAGUUUGCAAAAAGGUCAUGAGAGAGUGUAUGCCUACCAUCCGAAAAUACAACCGGGAGUGGCCCCCCGACGUCGUUUGUAAGGACCUGCCAUCCUAUGAAAGCGACGUUUGCAUCAAGCCUGAGUCCUUUGUUAAAUCUGUGUCAUCCUGCAGAUGCAUCAAGCCUCGUGUAAACUACCAGCGGUAUAAAAGGAAUUCUUACCAUUUCAUCCUAAAAGUAUUCAUCACCUCAACUACAGAGAAGGACAAUGGCGGAGUAAUAGAGGCAAAAAUUGAGAGGAUCCUACAAAAAAGCUCUAUUCACUUGAGGAAGGGAGACUCUAUUUACCUGCACAGGAAUACCACAUGCAACUGUCCACAGGUUCCCAAGGUAGACGCCUCUUUCUUAGUGGCCGGUCACGUGGUUGCUGAACAGCACAAACUCUACUUGUUUCGUGAUACGGGUUUGAUCGUCCCUUGGGAGAGAGCCUGGGUGGAAAAAUUCAGAAAGUGGGAAAGACGUCUAGCAGUGAAAAGUUCUGGACGAAAAAAAAACAGGAGAAAUAAAAAGUUGAAAAGAAAAGCAUUUUCAUCCCCAAAUCAGGGUCAUUAAUGGAAGAUGAGUUUGAUACAAAGUAAACAUCUUGAAGUUCGUAGAAUUAGACAGGAUUACAUGAGUCCUUCUUUUUCCAUAGAAUAAUGUCGAGCUCACUAGAUUAAUCUCAGGGUAUGAAGACUGCUAGCGAGAAGUUGCAACGGUUCUUAGCGAAGUUUUUGUCCUACGGACGAAAAAUCAGUGCUAAGAGAUGACGACAGCAUUGUAAAACGAAACAAAUUCAGCACUGAGAGAGGAAAAUGAUUUUAUCAACACAAUCAGCAACAAGAAACUUCUAGAAUAAUACGUAGCACAGAUUAAUUUUCUAAUCGUGUAUGGAAUACAACACCAGUCGAAAUUAUCUUCUUGUUUUUAGAGGAUCACAGAUAGGUAGUUGAUUUAAAUAUUCAAUCCUGUUUUUUUUGUACGUUUUUAAUAAGAAACAAGGAUGUUAAGCUCUGACCCUGCCAUAAAUGAUGAUAAUCUGGUUAGUUAUAUCCUCUCCUUAGAACGAUUUCAUGUGUUUAAUAUAUGAGCGACUUGUGUGUAAUUACUUAACAAUCUUGUAAAGAUUUAACGGUGUUUUGGGAAAAAAAUAUAAUCUUUGAUCGGUAUCUCAAUUUUUUUUUUGUAUUCACUUCUGUCAAUAGUUUUAAGCAUGUAAAAACUGGCUUUUGAGGUUUAAAUUGAAAAGAAGACAACCAGGGAAAUAAUUAGUGUAACGGUAGAUCCAUUCAUCUGUUUUUUUCAUGAAGACUUUAUAAAUAUUCAAGACGGUGGACGGUUUCAAAAUAAUCACAGAAGUGGUGGGCAAAUCCACGCACGCCCAACCGUGACACUUUCCCAUAAAGUUCUCUCAUGAUUCAAUUAUAUUAAGCGAACGGCAAUUUUAUAAUCUUGGCUCAGCUCUACAAGAGAUAUCAUGUAAUGGGUCCUAAAGCAUUUCCGAGAUAAUAAAACUGUAAAUAUAUUUUGUCUGAGGUCACUGGAGAGUCAUAAGUGGAACAGAGACAGUGAGGCUCUCCAUAGUUAUGAUAUUACCACUGUAAUAAAAAACUUAUCCAUGUUA